AUUGCAAUGCUUAAUUACGUAUACGAAACGUCGAACAAUUCGCUUUAAAUAAAAUUUUCUACAAAAGGAAGAAAUCUACAUAGCACUCUUUAGGAUAACGACGAUUACAUAUUACAUAUACGCUCGCUUGUACGAUACGAAUGAUUUUUAUACAAAUAAAUAAUAUUCUAAUUGAGGAUCUUUACAGAUUUAAACGCCGUUCUAAAACACUGUCUCGUUCCCAUUGUCGGCCACGUAACGGAUCGUUCGCGUGUCCGGAGGCAGCCGAUCCGGGCCGCAGUCAUCCUGAAGCCACCGCAUCGGUUUUACAUAGAUACACAGGCAAAAUUCUAACGUAUUCGGAUAAGAUGUGGACGGUUUUAUUGACUUUGGCAGUGACUAGUGCUAUGGGAGAAGUUGUCAACAUCCACGUAAACAAUGAUACGCAGUCGAAAUUCAGCUUCGAAGUCGAUUACGAGAACAACCAAUUCCUGCUCGAUGGAAAACCCUUCCGAUACGUAUCCGGCAGUUUUCAUUACUUCCGAACGCCCAGGCAAUAUUGGAGAGAUCGUUUGAGAAAAAUGAGAGCAGCCGGCUUAAACGCUGUUUCAACAUACGUGGAAUGGAGUCUUCAUCAACCAACUGAAAAUGAAUGGCAUUGGACGGGUGACGCGGAUGUGGUAGAGUUUAUAAACAUUGCUCAGGAAGAAGGUUUGCUCGUGCUCUUGAGACCAGGCCCUUACAUCUGUGCGGAAAGAGAUUUUGGUGGACUUCCAUACUGGUUACUAGCACGAGCGCCGGACAUAAAUUUGCGUACAAACGAUCCACGAUACAUGAAAUACGUAGAAAUAUAUUUAAACGAAAUAUUGGACAAAGUUCAGCCCUACCUAAGGGGAAAUGGAGGACCUAUAAUAAUGGUUCAGGUGGAGAAUGAGUAUGGAAGUUACGCGUGCGACACGGAAUACUUAAGUCGACUCAGAGACAUAAUGAGACAGAAGAUCGGCACGAAGGCGCUUCUGUAUUCGACUGAUGGAUCAAACGUGAACAUGCUACGUUGCGGAUUUAUACCAGAGGUUUAUGCCACCGUCGAUUUUGGACCCAACACGAACGUGACGAAAAACUUUGAAAUAAUGCGCAUGUAUCAGCCACGAGGUCCCUUAGUAAAUUCAGAAUUUUAUCCCGGAUGGUUGACACACUGGCAGGAACCGUUUCAAAUAGUGCAAACCGCAACAGUUACGAAAACCUUAGAUGAAAUGCUAUCUUUGGGUGCUUCUGUUAACAUAUACAUGUUCUACGGUGGAACAAAUUUUGGUUAUACCGCUGGUGCUAACGGUGGUCACAACACAUACAACCCGCAAUUGACCUCUUACGAUUACGAUGCUCCGUUAACCGAAGCUGGUGAUCCAACGUCGAAGUACUUCGGCAUCAGAAACGUCAUAUCCAAGUAUUUACCAUUGCCAAACAUGUCCCUUCCAUCGCCAUCUCCAAAAGGAGAUUACGGUACGGUUCCUCUAAUGCCAAUUUUAAAAUUAUUCGAACCUCGUGCCCGACAAUUAUUUGGAACGAUCAUGGUCGAAGCAACGAACCCAUUGACGUUCGAAGAACUGGGACUGCCUCAUUGGCUGGUACUAUACGAGACCUAUCUGGUACGUGGCUUCACGGAUCCUGCGAUUUUACACGCCAAGGUUCGGGACAGAGCGUUGGCCUACGUAGACGAUCACCUCGUUGGAGUUCUAAGCCGUACCGAUAAUAUCUACGAUAUAAGUAUAGAGGAGCCUUACGGAAAAAGACUGAAGCUACUGGUCGAGAACCAAGGACGAUUGAACUAUGGAAGUGGACUUCGCGAUUAUAAGGGUGUUUCAGAGGUAACCCUAAACGGUAUUUCCCUUGUCUCUUGGAAAAUGACUGGAUUCCGUCUGGAUAGCGUGCCGUCUAUUCCUCUCGACGACAUCGAAUCCACCCUAUCCAUAAGCAAAACUCUUCGCGAUGGCCCAGUUAUACUUCGAGGAAACUUUUCAAUCUCUGGCCAACCGAUGGACACUUAUCUAAACACCGAUGGUUGGGGCAAGGGAGUUGCUUUCGUCAACGGACGCAAUUUAGGUCGAUAUUGGCCGCUGGUCGGUCCUCAAAUCACUCUCUACGUUCCUGCAACUUAUUUGAGAACAGGUGAAAACGAGUUGUUGCUGGUUGAAUUGGAAUAUAUACCGGUGUCCAAGGAGAUGAAGUUGCAAAAGGAACCAAUCUUUUUCUACAAAGAUCGAUAUUCCAAUAGGCAGGAUAACUCGAACGAUAUACGUGUUUUAGUCUAAUCGUUGCUCGGACGACUUUUACGAAGCCUUUAGUCGUCUUCGUUCUUAAAAGACCGGUUAUCGUGAGUCGUGUUCAGGAUGAUUGCUGCGUAAUGAUGUUCCGUGGGAAAUUGUACGAAAAAAAUAAAUUUUAUACUGAUACGCAA